AUGCCACUGGAGGAACCGAGGGACAACGAUAUGGAACUGAGAGGAAACAACGACAACUCUCGCGUCGCGGACGAGGCGGGCGACAGCCACGUCGAUGGGGUGGAGGCGGAGCCCCCCGAGGAUCUGGCGAAACAGGAAGAGGCCGUGGAUGUCUCUCGAGGAGGAAACGAGGGGCUGUCUGCGUUUGAAACGGAAUUUAAAACGCGAAAGGGCGCCGUCGGAGACGCGCGUGAGGGCCAAAGAAACGAAGAGGCGACGAACCAAGACACCGGAGAAGCAGGCCUCGGCCGAGCGGUGGGCACAGCGCACACGGAGCGCGAUGAGGAAGAUCAGCAGGAACACCGAGAGGACGACGUGGGCUUACACGUGGACGGCUUUGCAGUUCAGGUACCGACUUUCCAACGGGAGAUUUCACCUGGAAGACAAGAAGGAGGAGGCGAAGCACGCGAGAAAAGGACGGAAAGAGAGCGCGCGACGAGCGUGGCAAAGACGGCUUCCGACCCUCAAGCGCACGAAGGCAAAUCUGAAAACCGGUCUCAGAUUCCCGAACGGACCAAAGUGUCCCUUGAAGCCAUGUGCACGGUUGGUUCGCCCCAGGAGCACGCUCUCUGCGCAUGCAUCUGCUCGCCUCGGCGCCCUGACUCCAGUGAUCCGUCGCUUCGCCUCCCCCUUGCUCGUGUGUCUCCUUCCUCGAUCUCCUCUUCCUCGUUUCCUGCUUCGUCAGUUGCGUCAGCGUCACCCUCGGCUUCUUCGCCCUCGGCGUCUUCUCCCUCGGCUUCAUCACCCUCGGUUUCGUCGCCAUCGAUUUCUGGUUUUUCGAUGUCUCCGUCCAUGACCUGUCCUGCGCUCUUAGCUGCAGGCGCAGCGAUGGCCGAGCGCGAGCGUCUGUCUGAGCGUCGGCGGCGAGAAAAAGUGAAGGAGAUUUUGGCGUCGCAGACUCGCCUUGCGGCUCAAAAGCAGGCCGCGCAUCUCCUGCUUGUCGCGGCCGAAAGAUGCACUGCUAGCGGGGCGCUCCCGGUUGCGGGGACAGUGGCAGCCGAGGCGGCGGCGACGGCGAAGAGACUGCUGCUCGCCAGUGCGCGCCAAGAACAAGGAAACGGGAAAAAACGAAGGAACCAGGAAAAGAGGACAGGGGAGACCGGUCCUCGUCGAACCAGAUUGGCGUCUCCCGUGCGAAAAGGCCACGAACAUUGCCUCGAGCCUGCCUUGCCUUUCGCCUGCGUGGCUUCUCCUUCGUCGUGUCCUGGAAAUUCCCCCGAAAACGACGCAUCCCAGAAAGGCGCCGUCGCGCCAGGCGGCGCGGCAGCAGGGACGGAGAGAAGACCCGACGGCACGCAAAGAGGAGGCAUAUCCAAGGACGGAGGCUCGUCACCCGGACUUCUCCACGACGCGGAAGGAGGAGGCUCACUUCGGAGGUCCAAGGAAAGGAUCGAAGAACUCGACAGACAAAUCGCCAGUGUGCAGUACGAGCGGGAGUGCGUUCGAAGCAUCAAGGCCAUCUACGCUGAAGCGUGUCAAAUUCACGCCCAUCAACUGCGCGAACUGCAGCGCCGACGAACCCGCACGCAGGAGCUGUUGCAAGAGCUCCUGCGACGAAGAUGCUGCUUUAGUGAACCUCUUAAAGAUUACGAGCUCGUGUACCAAGGCCCAAUGCACGGCGCAAGGCCUUUCGUGACGAAGGAGAACGGCGUUAGUCGUGGAAAGAACCUUCCGCGGUCGGUUUCUUGGGACGGUGUCUCCAAAGGGCCAACUGAGGCAGGGGAGAAAGCCGGGGCGGAGGAAAGCGACGCCGAGCCGGCAGAGGCGGGCGCUCCGUCUCCGCGCCGAACAGCGGCAAAAUGCCAGGAGGGCGGAGACGAAAAACUCAAGCUCCUUAGGCUCACGCCGAGUAUGCCGCAGGCGCUUCCUUCUUCGUCGACUCUGUCUUCGUCCUCGAAAGAGCCGUUGGAAGAGGACGACGAGGACAGGGAGGGACAACGAGCGAUGGGACAGCCAGGAGUCGCAGAAGCCAAUGUGGCAAAAGACGCGAAUGGCGAGGAGACUUUGUCCCUGAACAUCAUCUCCGUCUCGCUGACGCCGGAAACCAGACGAAAACAAACCGAGCACUUGGCAGCGAUCCGAAUUCAAGUAACGCAUGCGCCUCUGAGCCGUCCCUCAUUCCGCAAGGUGUUCCCAAUAGUGUUUUUGCGGGACUUGUUUGAUGGCCCCUUUCCGGAGGAUGUGGGAAGCAUUUUGUGUCCGUAUCGAGCAGCAGUUGAGGAUUUUCACCGGGCGAAAACGCAGGAGCGCCGAGAGUCGUGGAUGCGCGAACAUCGCCGGCGGCAAGCAGAGGAUUUGGCGCAACAACGUCGAGUGCUUUUCAACGUGGCGUCUUCGCCCCGAACGCCCGGCGUGGUCGCCGUCUCUUCCGCACUCCGCAACCGUCCGGCGACGUCGCUCGCGCUCGGCCGCCGGCCUCUCUCUUCGUCGCCUCUACCUCAGUCGCGCCGCAGCCUCCUCGCGUCCGUCUCGCCUCGCCUGCUGAGAUCCAAUAGGCUGCAGUCGGCGCCCUGUGCCGGCGACGAAGAGGACUCGGAGGAACCGCACUUUUUCGACGUGGAAAACCCCAGUUUCCGAGAUUGCCAUGGGGAGAGGCGACUGCGAGGGGAGGCGCCGAGAGAGAGAUGCCGCAGCGCGUUGCCUGUCGCUUGUUCGUCCGGGGAAUUUGUAACGGCUCAUCUGGAGGCUUCCGUUCUGACCAUCCGGAAAUGCAGGGAGUUGCGCCGUGACUACUCGGAAGUGAUGGCGAACAAAGAACCAAAAAACGACGCAUGCAUCGACAAAGGCCUGUCGCCUCCCCGCCCGUGCCGGCCGCAGAUACGGUUUCCAGCGGGUGCCUCCAAAAAGGCGCCGACGUUUAGCGAGGCCCAGGAGCCGACAGACGACGGCAUCUCGGUGAAGCGCGCGCCGCACGAGAAGGAGACCUCCCGGGAUCUGGAAGACACCAAGGCGUUCUUCCUUUGGGCGGACAACGCAGAGCGCGAGGACGCACGCGAAGCCAAGCUUGCGCCGACCGCUGUGGAGCCUCGCCUGAAAUCGCAGAGUUCACAUUCCUGGCUCGCAGCACAUCCCCCGCCGGAGCGAACCGGGGAGCGAACCGGGGAGCGGCCUUCACCUUCCCUUUUUUCGAGGCCGUCUCCGAGCAGCCUCGGACGCCCUCGCGCGCUCUCUCCGCGCCGGCUACGCAUUCAGGAGACGCGCGGCGAUAAAGCCAAAGGCAGGGCGGGAUCGUCGUCGCCUCCGUCCUGCGACUUUCUUCCCUUCGCAGGCUCCACGCCUGAGCAGGACUCGGCCCGCAGGGUGGUUUCCCUCUGUCGGCGGCCUGCCAGCGAAAGAGAGCUUCAGCUUCAAUCGCUUCUCCUCGAGUUGAGGCAGGCGAUAAGAGAAGCGGAGAAGCGAGCGGCCAGGAGGGAGAGAGAGGAGCGCGAGACUCUCGAUCUCGGUCUGUCCGGGAGAGACCAGGCGGCAGACACACACCAUGACUCUCCUCCAGGCAACCGGGGCGAAGACGCCUGGGGAGCGUCGGCCUUCUCGCCUGAUACGCACGGCGAAGGAAGGGAGGACGGGACGAGCGAAGCAGGCGAGGGCUCGAAAGAGCGGGACAAAGAAGAGGGGAGGCAGGAAGAGCGAGGCAGGAACCUCCUGCCCGAUGGACAGCCCAAAACGAAGAAAACGGAGGGGGCAGGAGCUCGCGGCCCACCGGCAGAUCUCGUCAAAGAAAGCGAACGGACAGCACGAGCGCUGGAGGCCUUCUGUGCCCUGAGAGGCAUAACCAAAUGCAACCAUAAGUACCAUCCGGAGAUUCCUUUCGGUCACCCCUUGCCUGCGCUCUGCGAUGCGGCGGUGAAGCUGCAGCGCUGGAUUCGGCGCAUUUAUCACCUUCGUGACUGCCGAGAGAACUUGGCGGCGAUGUGGAGACGGCGGCAGUUCGAGAAAGUCGUUCAAAACACCAAACAGGCUCUUUUGCAGUGGAUGCAGUACCCGAUGCUGACGCCUCAAGACGAAGCAGCCAUGCUGGCGAACAAGCAGAAGGCCGAGAGGCUGAAAGAGUUGUCGGAGCGAAUGUCGCGAGGCACCAGCGCCGGCCGAGGCAGUCCCUCCGCGAAGGCCCUCAAGCUGCCGAGGGUGGAGACUCGGCGUCUCCUCAUUCGCCUGCCGUUCACAUGUCGAGCGCACUCUUUCGCUGCGCGAUCCGAAAUUGAAAAACAACAGAGACAGCUGCAGGACACACUCCAGCGCAUUGCGCUCCUCAGACGCCAGCAGCAACAAACGGGCAAGUGGCGAAGGCUCUGGACGCGGUGGAGAUCUGAACACGAUCGAACAGCACUUUCGCCUCGCGCAGCCCUCUCGUCAGGCGGCAUUCUUGCGUCGUCUUUGGCUGCUGAGCCUGGCGAAGCUCGAGCGAAUCUCGGAGACAGAACAGGUCAGCAGUCCCGCGCCGUCUUCCUGUCCACUCGGGAUGACGCCUCGGCCGGUUUCUUUCCGGCUUCGCUCUUCCCGGCGCCCGUGUCGCCUCCGACCGCGUCUCCGAGCCUCUCUCCGCCCCUGCUCGCGUCGGCCGGGGCGGCGGUCCCGUUCCUUCCCACGAACGAAGAGGUCGAGCGGCGCGACAAGCACAACGCGAAAAUCCUGCGCUUCCUGGAACUCGGGCCUCUGCCUGAAGCUGCGACAGACGCCAGCGACAGUCCGCUCGCGUCGGUGCGCGCGGCGCCGCGGGGAGGACGCGAGGAAGAAGGCGGGCGCGCAGACGCGACGGCUGCGGCCGUGUCAGAGGGACGAGGCCGAACGGAGCACGGCGACCCCGAACAGACGUACAGCCGAAGAAGCAUCAGCGCCAGCAGCUCACGAAAACAAAUCCGAGAACACUGGCUCGGCUUGGGCGGCGAAGACGUCGCCGCAAAAGUAGAAGAAGUGGAAUUCUUCCGUCAGGCUUCGCCCCUGCGCCAGCGUCUCGCGCAAACGCCGUCGUAUUCUCCCUGGCUGCACUUGACUCUCGGGCUGAAACAUCCAAACUUUCACCGGUAUGGACCCAGACCUCCCGUCGACAUUCCAGGCUUCGCACCGCCUUCAGUUUGCGCGGCCAUUGCCAGGCAAGCGCCAGGAGCCAAAGACCGAGAUCCUUCAGCUCCUUAUUUCUAUCCUUAUUCGCCUCUCCAACACGCGGCCAUGCCGACUGCUUCGCAGCCGCAGCCGGCUCCGCCGCUUCGCGAGGCCUCGACGGCAAAACCAGCGCCGGGCGCCUACGCCAAGCAGUCGCCGCGAAUCCUCUCGGCCCAGCUGGAGCUCGUCGGCCUCUGCGGGAUCUUCCUUCUCGACAUCGAGACAGCAGUCGAGGCACGCGAACAAGAGUUUGACGCCUUCCGCCUCCAAGGGCGCACCCCGACUGGGCGAGGAGAGCAAGCGGAGCCGAGGCAACUCCAAGAAGAUUGUGAGCGCGCCGCGCAGCCAAAAAGCGAGCGGCGAGAGUCCCAGGCGUCGCGACGACGCAGUCUUGGGGACGCCGAGGCGCAACGCGACACAGCGAAGGACAGUCCUCCCUCUCAACCCAAGGCGCUCCCUGCGUCUCCAGCGGGUACAUCCUCUCCGCCGUCUUCCGCUUUUUUCCCGAGGUAUCCUUCUCUCUCCUCCUCGCCUGCCUGCGGGGUGUCUCCGCCGCCUCUUCCUUCACUCGCUUCGCUCUUCCCAGCACUGCCCAAAAGGAAUCCUGUGGAGACUCGCGACGCGGCGACCGGCCGCUCGCCUGUAUCGUUCUCUCGCGCCUCUUCCGACGCUUCUUCCUGGGCUUCGUCGCGCGUGGAUGCAGAGCACGAAGACGGCGAGAGUGGUCCGGCGACGGAGACACAAGGGGAAGGCUCUCGAGGAACCGAGGCGGCAAACAGAGAAAAAAACGGAGAUUCCUCCGCCCUCGACCUCCCAGGGCGGCUACAGGGGCCACCGCCUCAGGGCGCAGCAUCGCCUCGAAGCUCGGCUCUCUCGCACAUGGCUUCUUCGUCCAGCCUCGCGUCGCGUUCCUCCUCGUCUCCCAGAAUAGACGAAGCGCCAAAUCCCACCCUCCCUUUGCUCUCCAAACCUCCCUCGUUCCCGGCUUCCACUCCUGCGUCUUCUUCUUCCUCUUCUUCCUCUUCUUCCUCUUCUUCUUCCUCUUCUUCUUCCUCUUCUUCCUCCUCUACCUCCUCGACUUCGGGUUCUGCGGGCGCUUCGCCACCGAUCCCGAAGCGGGGGAGCACGAGCAAACCUCAUCCCUUUUCCAGAAGGGUGACUGUGUCAGGGGGAGGCGGCAAUCCUGCUACCCUGGCCCAUCCUCCAGAGAAAAGCAAACGGACACCGCGGAAAUUGCGCACUUUGCAUGCGCCUGCGAAAGCAGAAAGCUGUCUCGAGCCCAGAGACCGAAGGCGCCGAUCUGGUGAGAGCCACGCUCGCGUGAGCACUGUCGACGCCUCGCGGUCUUUCGCCGCGCAGACAGCCCAAAACGGGCCAUCUGCUGGGUCUCUCAGUGCUCAUUCCCGGCUUCGACCCCUCCCGAAAGACGCGCCGCACCUGGACCAGGCCGUGGGCGGGUUGCCCGCCGAGGUGUCUCCUGCGCCCUGGGGCAUCUGGUCCGCGGAGUCUCCGCCUGCCCGCCGCGAGAGGGUACCGAGAGUGUCGAUUCUUGGGAAGGGAGGAUCGAUCCUCGCAGGUCCAGGGGCGGCGUCCUCGCUCUCGAGGUCGGACGACUUCAUGCAGAAGUUGUUUGCUUCCUAUUCGUGUCACGCCCAACGCCUGAGGCAACGAGGCAGCGUGAUCCUGCAGCUACAAGGCGUCCCGAGCGUCGGUACACUGCGAGGCCUCUCCGCGCGCGCAGAAGAGCGCGGCUCCUUCCCCGCGGGGGACAUUGGCGACGCCGGCGAGGACGGCGACAGCGAGGACGAGGACGAGACGACAGACAGGAGACCCACACGCAAAUCGACGAAACUGCUCCAACAAAUGGACGCGUGGAACCUCAUCGGCGCGACGGUUGCGCAUGCGGCGCAUCACGCGGCGGAUCUUCUGGACGGCGGCGACAUCGCUCUCCGCUUCCCCUCUCCGCCCUCUUCCUCGCGAGGCUCCAUUUCUCCUCGCUCGCUCCCGGCCAGCCCCUUCCUCGCCUAUUCCGCCCCGUGUCCCUUCCCGCCCCCGGAAGAAGUCAAUCCCUUUCUGCCUGUGACGCGAACGUCUCUGGUUCUGAGACGAAAACGAAGCGUCCAGCGAGGCGGUCCGUCGCCGCGCUCCCCGCCGACAGCCUCUGCGCCUAACUGGGGCUCGGAGGCCUCUCGGCAGGAACCUGCCUCGGAAAAGACGAGCGACGAAAGCGAGGAAGGAUCCGGAAGAGUUCGAGGCUCAGACGAGGCUGUUUUGCCUCACCUAGAGCAGGCGCAGCAGUCAAGGAAAGACGGUUGCGUCAGCCUGGCAGAAGGAGACGGCCGAGAGGCGUUCGAAGGCAUGCGCGGCGCGAGGCCGUGGCAGCGAGGGAGCGAAGAGCCGCGCCGAGGCGACGGAGAAGAAAUCACAAACAUGUACAGCAGGAUGUCGCAGCUCCUAGCGUCUAUGGAAGCUGAGAAGAGAAGAAAGAGCUCGACCCGCGAAGAAGAGGGGCGAAGCAGUGAGGCAGAGGACGAAGACGAAGAUGCUGACGACGGAGAGUUCUCGGGGAUAAACGCGGCGCCUGGACCGCUGUCGUGGAAGUUUUCUUUGUGA